AUGAAGAUUUACAGGACUGCUGAGUACUUACAAAGGCACUUGGGGCAACUUCAUAAGACUAGGUUUGGAGUCUGGACCAACUGUCAAGACAAUCUGGCCCCAAGGAUACAAGAAUUCAUAUUAGAAGCCUGGAUUGCUUAUUCCACACCAGUACCGUCCAACUUUCACCAGCUGCUUUCCUUAUUUCUCAUGUGCUCUUGCAUUGCUGCAUCAGUUGGAAGCCUUUUCUACUGCUGGAUGUUUUCCUCACUGCAGUACUCAUUCCAGUUCUCUGCCAUAUCUGCUUCAAUCUUUAGUUUCCUGGCCCUGUGGGUCCUCUUUUUGGUACACCCUGUCCGUUGCAUGUUCACCAUUAUUGUGCCUACAUUAGGGACUAAGCAAGGACGGAGGUUGCUCCUGUCUGCCUGCUUCAUGACUGUAGCUGUCAAUAUAAUCCCAAACAUCAUGAGCAACAUCAAGACCAUUCUACAGGUCAUUAAAUGCAUCUGCAAGGCUUCCUCCGAGAGUCUCCUAAAUACAACAUUUCUGUUAGGUAACGCUUCAUCAGACUUCAGUCACGCUCUCAAAAGUAGAACUGACGACUUGCCAGACAAAUUUGGGAGAACAAGCAAUAGUCCAGUUAUGUUUGAAACUCACAAUAAUAGCUUUCUCUUGAGUCAGAAAAUGACUGAUGCUAGCCACCGUAUCAUGGAAGAUUUCAUGCACAUUGAAGUGUUUGUCCAGAAGGUCAUACUGUUGGCUAACCGAGUAUCUGCUGUUUUCUUUCUUUGCUUUCUUGUUUAUGAGUCUGCUUCUUACCUGAGGAGCUACCUCACAGAUCUCAGAUUUGACAAUAUUUAUAUCACCAAAAAACUAGAAGAUUUAGCUCAGGAGAGGAAAGCAACUCACCUUCUAGUUUGCUCCCCCAGGAAACUGAUAAAAUCAACUGGUCUCAGGUUAACCCGAGAAGAACUCAUGACUUGUCUCACACAUAUUUUUCUUCUUAGUUUGGUGCUAUUGUUUACACUGGUGAUCAUAGGAACAGAUUAUAUUGCCUUCCAUUUGGCACAAGCAGCUGUGACAGAAGUCAUUCAGUUCCCUGUAGUGCCCAUAAACUUCUGGAUAAAAUAUGAGGUCAAAUUAAAUUUUAUACAUUUUUUGGGGAAAGUUUUUAAUAAUGACUUUUCUAUAGAACAAUCUAAACCAUCAUUUGAAAGGAGUUACCAUCAGAACUUGACCUUUCUCUCUGAUAACUGCUCCAUGAGAUGUCCAAAUCCUCCAAAUACAGCUGUGAUGUUUGCUGUUGGACUCCUAUAUUGCAUCAUUUAUGCAAUGUUAUUUUUGGAAACAUAUUCACACCGUCUAUGCCGAAAAAUUGCCGCCUCUUUUUUUGAGAACCAAGAAGACCAAAGAGUCCAGUAUCUUUAUGAGAAACUUGAAAGGAAGCAGAAGAAAAAAGAGCAACAGGAAUGA